CCAUUUUUUCGCCUUUGGGCUUUUCUAUUCUACCUUUUCUCCCACUACCUUGGCAUCUCUCUCUCUCUCUCUGAUUAGCUCGCCGUCAUGGUUGAAGGAAGCUAACUUGUUCGCCGUUUUGCUUUUUACAGCUAGGUUGAGGUGAAGGACCUAAGUCAGAUGUCUUUCUUCUCUUCCCUUUGCUGCGGAAACUCUUCCGACCGGAGUGAGGGGAGGAAGUCCAGCACAUGGAGGAUUUUUUCCCUCAAAGAGCUGCAUGCGGCCACGAACAACUUCAAUUAUGACAACAAACUAGGUGAAGGGGGAUUUGGGAGCGUUUAUUGGGGUCAACUCUGGGAUGGAUCUCAGAUUGCUGUCAAGCGUUUAAAAGUAUGGAGUAACAAGGCUGAAUUGGAGUUCGCCGUUGAGGUGGAGAUUCUGGGAAGGGUGAGACACAGAAACCUUCUUAGCUUGCGAGGAUAUUGUGCCGAAGGACAGGAGCGAUUAAUAGUUUAUCACUUCAUGCCUAAUUUAAGCUUACUGUCGCAUCUUCACGGACAGCAUUCUUCAGAAUGCCUUCUCGACUGGGGCAGAAGAAUGAGUAUCGCUGUAGGAUCAGCUGAGGGCAUUGCCUAUCUUCACCACCACGCAGCACCUCAUAUCAUCCACAGGGACAUAAAAGCAAGCAAUGUUCUACUGGAUUCCAGUUUCCAGGCAAAGGUUGCUGAUUUUGGAUUUGCCAAGCUAAUUCCUGAUGGUGCAACUCACGUCACCACAAGAGUGAAAGGUACUCUUGGAUAUCUUGCUCCUGAAUAUGCCAUGUUUGGCAAGGCUUCUGAGAGCUGCGAUGUCUAUAGUUUUGGAAUACUAUUACUUGAGCUUGCUAGCGGGAAAAAGCCAUUGGAGAAGCUGAGCCCAACUGUGAAGCGAUCCAUCACUGAUUGGGCACUGCCACUGGCGAGAGAGAGGAGGUUCAAUGAAAUGGCAGAUCCUAAACUGAAUGGCAACUUUGUGGAAGCUGAGAUGAAGAGGAUGGUGCUGGUUGCACUGGUCUGCGCUCAUGGCACUCCUGAGAAAAGGCCUACAAUGCUGGAAGUGGUGGGGUUGCUUAAAGGAGAGUUGAAGGAAAAACUGACGAAUCUGGAGAAUGAUGUCAUGUUCCAGCCGGAAAUCAUGAAAAGAAAUCGAGGUUUUUCAGUUGCUGUUGACAGUUCUGAUGGUGUUUGUGAGGGGAAAGAUUCAUUGAAAGGAGAUGUGAAACAGGAUAGUGAUCAGAUUUCUGAAGUCGUUGAAACAAGGUGAAUUUUUGGUCAGUAUAUAUGUUUGGGGAAGAACUGUGGAUGUAUCAUUGUUGUAGCCAAGAAUCAAACUUUACAGUGGAUAAUUUAACCUGGCUGUCUGUUUUCCUCUCGAGGUUUGGUUUUUCUUGUGUUUUGGUGCUGAUAGGAAAGAGUUCGAGUGGAGAAAAACUGGAAUUGUUUGUACAUGUUUGAUUUUGUGUUUCCCAGAAUGGAUGUUGUAAUUUCUGUGGAAAUAUAUUGGGCUAUGGUGUUAAGUAGGGCUGGCAAAACGGCUCGUUGU